AUGGGGAGCACCCAGAUCGGCGACGACCGCAUCAGCAAGCUCGCCGACGGCGUGCUCGGCCACAUCCUCUCUUUCCUACCAGCACGGGAAGCCGCGCGCGCGGCCGCGCUGUCGACCAGGUGGCGCCGCGUCCUCGCCAGCGUCCACACUGUCUCCCUAGAGGAGCCGGAGAAACCGAUCCCCAGCUACGACGACGACGACGACUACCACAGCUACAGCCCUGGCUACGGCCCACCCAAGGAUCCCAACCCGCCACCGCCCUUCACUGCCGCUGUCACCGCCGCUCUCCUCGCCCGCCACCGCUGCGUACGAUCCGACGAUGCCGCGCAGCCGCUGCGCGCGCUCCGCGUCGACAUGGAAGGGUACCACGGCGGCGACUCGCGCACCGUCGACAACUGGAUCUCGUACGCUCUGAAGCAGGCCGGUACCGAACUUGAACUCGACCUCCGCUUCCGACGCGCCACCAUCUGCAUCCGCCCCUACUCCCUACACACGGAGGCCCGUGCCAGGACCGCGGUUAGCUCGAAGGAGGUUACCGGCGACGAUGACGGCUUCCCCUCCAACGACAAUGUCAGAGAAGCGAUCUCCGCCUCCGAGGAGUAUAUCCACAAUGAAAACUCUGCCGCCGACGAUGUCAAUGAAGCAUUGACCGAUGAGGACUACGAUGAUGCUGACGGAUCUGACGCCGACGACGUCAGUGAAGCAAUGACCGAUGAGGACUACGACGACGCCGUCUCCUCGGAAUCCGAGAAGGUAGCAUAUGUACCACGGUGGGAACUGCCACCGCCGGAGUACACCGUCCCGAGUGGUCUCUUCUCCUGCAGAGCGCUGCGAUGUCUCCGCAUUGGGCCCUGCAGACUCUCCCCGCCGGGAACCAUCAUGCUGCCCUCCCUCGAGGAGCUGCUCCUCGUACGCGUAUCGGACGACGGGCAAGAAGUGCAGAGGCUCAUCUCCGCCUGCCCGGGACUCGCUGACCUCACGCUCGAGGCCUGCGAUACUGUGACGACCCUCUCCCUCCUCGACAACCGCCUCCGCAGACUCGCGCUCCGGUGCUGCCACAAUCUGGCCAGCGUAGCUGUCGGCUCGUCAGAGCUUCAAGCCUUCGAGUACCGCGGCACCGUCCCCGAGGACUCGUUCCUGACCAUAAGCGGCACGUCGGGGUCGUCGCUCACGUCCUGCAAGGUCGAUAUUUGCGGCGAGGAGGUAUGGUCGUCGGAGGAGCUCACCAAGCUCAGGGAAUUUCUGCAGCUGUUCGUAGACACGAAGCACCUCCACCUGCAGUCUGCUCGCCUGGGCUCUGGCUUCCACCACGACACCUUCGUAAGCUUCCAGAAAUUCUCUAACCUCCGACACCUCGAGAUGAUGGGAUGCCUGCCGCAUGACGAUGCCACCAUUAUUGUCAGCGCGAUGAGCAGGAUCCUCCAGCACGCUCCGGAAAUAGAGGUGCUCUCGCUGGUCUUCCAACCAGAACCCGAGCCUGGCGACUACGACUACGAGCGGCUACCUGGCGGCCGGUAUGGCUGCAAGGAACGCCAACUCCUCGACGUGCACCAUCUUCAGUACAACAAGCACAACGUCCUGGACAAACCAACCGCGACGAUCGCUUGCUUGACGGAUCGAGUGAGGGAGAUUAACCUAGUGCACUACCAGGGGGGCAGGGCACAGAGAACGCUAGCCAAAUUCUUGCUCUGCAACGCUCUGGUUCUUGAUGAACUCUACUGUGGAUUUGUCCCGGGGCCGCUAUGGAUUCAGACUGAAUUGAGGCGCGAGAUCGAAGGCUGGGCCAUGAACAACCCUGAAAGAAGGAUCUUCUAUUAG